AUUGAUAUUUUGUCAGCCAGAAAGUUUUCUUGCUCUUAAAAAUUAGAGAGUAUAAGCGAUAUCUUUAAGAGUAUAAGCUUCAAAAUCUAUCAUCAUUUUUUAGAAUUUACAGCAAAAAUCAUAUGUUUUAUUCCUUCCGCAAAACUGCAUUUGGUUAAGAAAAUUUCCAUUCGGUACAAAGAUGCUGAAGCAGAAUGUGAUUGGCAACAGACAAGGCUUCAGUCACUGUUAUGAUUAGAUAACAGAUGAAUCUUCUCUACUGCAAAGAUCUAGCAUCUACGAAUUUCAAUAUUUCCGUCAUGCUCCUCAACAACAACCGACUGUCAAAAAUAUAUCAAAGUAGAAUAUAAGCCGAACCUUCUAUCGCUCCUACUACUUAUUAACGGAAACUCUGCUUCACCUUCUUGCCGGCUUCAAAGCCUCCUCAAUCUAUAUUUUAUUUACCAUGGUUGUUUACAAUUUUAUAUCUGAAGAAUUCAGGCAAGUUUCCUCAUGUUAUAUAAUGGAAGGACAAUGUGUGGUGGCUCUAUUAUUGCUCCACAAUGGGUCGUUACUGCGGCUCAUUGUGUAUCUGGUCGGGAGUCCAGUGCGCGCUACUUCAAAGUCAGAGUUGGAGAACAUAUUACGUCAACAACAAGCGAUGGACAACACACCGAUAUGCAGGUUGAAAAAAUCAUUUCCCACCCAAGCUACUCAAGAAGCACAAUCAAUAACGAUAUUGCAUUGAUGAAACUCUCCUCACCAAUUCAAUUUGGAAAAUACGUGAAGCCAGUAUGUUUGCCUGGACAAGACCAGAAUGUCCCAGUUGGAACUGAUUGUUUCAUCACAGGAUGGGGAUAAAUACCGCACCCUGGCAACAUGCACCACACUUUGCAGCAAGGAAAAAUGCCCGUUGUCUCCAAUCAAGCAUGCACCAAUCUCAACACAAAAAAUUUCAGAAUUUCGGUACGUUUA